AUGGCAAUCAUUAUAUUAUUCCUUGGUCUUGCUGUUGCUUAUGUUCAGUCGUGGACAUUGGAUUAUGCAGGAGCAAUACAAGUUUCCUCACCACAUUUUGAACGUGGACGUCGAGGUUUCGACAUUACUUGUCUUGUUCUUCAUGGUACAGCUGGUAAUGGUGCAGUUGAAUGGUUUCUGAAUCCGGCAAGUCAAGUAUCGGCACAUUAUGUCGUUCAACAAGACGGAACGAUUGUACAAAUGGUGAGUGAAGACGAUACAGCAUGGCAUAAUGGCGUUGUGACACCAAACUCGGUAUUUUAUGGUCGUCCGAAUCCAAAUCUGUGGUGCAUUGGAAUUGAAUUCAGUCGUAAUAUUCAAAACAACAAUAUCAUGCCUGAAAUUCAAAUUCAAGAAGGUGUCAAAUUGGUUGCUGAUAUCAAACGUCGUUAUCCGGGCAUUCAGAUUUAUACUCAUGAUCAAUUCAAUGUUGGACGAAUAUGUCCUGGACCCAAUUUCCCACUAGAUCAAUUUCAGAACGCUUGA